AUGACUGCCGUUGCCCAACCCCCGAAUGUUCACGUCCCGCGAUCUUGGAACAGCCAGGGACCCCUCGACUCGAUGACGGCUGAUAUCUUUUUACCGCGGAGUAAGGCUCAACGAUACGGAAUGCAGUCCGGCAACAACUCGCCGCUCGAGAACAGCACGAAUGGAAACGGAAACACGAAUGGCAGCAGCACUAGUAGUAGCAUGGCGAACGGCGGCUGGGUGAGUUCUUUGGGCGGGAAGAAGAAAGCAACGUCUCGCGCGGGGAGCGUGAACGGCGCCGGAUUGGUGAACGGCAACAGUCUCGGGGGAUGGCCCAAGUCCGAUGUCAAUCAUGUGAGGACGAACGGCUCCAUAUCGGCUCAGCCUCCCAGCGCCGUCAACGGGAUCCACCAGCCUGGCCCGAUCCUGCCCUCGCAGCAUCUGAUGAGCGGCGGCCAGAUGCAACAGAACGGGCAGCAGCAGCAGCAAUCCUACCUGUUGCUUGUACCCUUGAAUGCCACCUUUGAGCGGAAGCAGAUCCCAUUGCCGUAUUACCCGGAUACACUUCGAAUCGGCCGGCAGACCAACGCCAAAACGUUGCCGACCCAGACGAACGGCUUCUUCGAUUCCAAGGUGCUCUCGCGACAGCACGCCGAGGUCUGGGCCGACAAGGUCAGCAACAAGGUUUGGAUCCGCGAUAUCAAGUCGUCGAACGGCACCUUCGUCAACGGGCAACGCCUCUCGCAAGAAAACGUCGAGAGCGAAGCACACGAAUUGCGGACGGAGGACGUGCUGGAGUUGGGCAUUGAUAUUGUCGGUGACGACAACAAGACGAUUGUACAUCACAAGGUGGCGGCAAGGGUUGAACACGCUGGCCCGCCGAUGCAGGGUUUCGAGGUUAACUUUGGGGAAAUUGAUCCCCUUGUAAACGGAAACCUUAUGGGCCCUCCUUCUCAUGGUUCCGCGCAGAGUUUGCGGGGGCGGGGUGGGUCGCAGAGUACUAGAGGUGCGAUGGGUAACGGCGGAAACGUUGCAGGACCCACACAUCGUCAACAACAGAUCAUGAUGGCGCCGGUAUCGAUGGAGAUGGUGGUCAAGAAACUAAACCAAGAACUGUACGCCGCCAAACAGCAGUCUCAGGACCUUCAGCGGACGCAAGAGGUCUUUGAUAUUCUCCUCUCCGCCGUCCCCCCAGUGCCAAAGGUGAUCGAUUUGGCAUCCAAGCCUGCAGCAGCAAUGCAUGAGGCUCCCCAGACGAACGGGAUACCCCCGCCAAAGAGCCCACUCCCUCCGCUUCCCCAGGACAAAACCGUCGUCGCUUCCGAAUUCUCGCGAAUCACAUCCGGCGAUGCCAUGUUCGCUCGGUCGAUCAAACCCGAUCGCUCGGUGAAGGCUGAACCUCCGCAGGCGAUCCAGUCGUUGCUGGGAGAAUUGGCGCGGGCGCGGAAGGAGGUCGAGACGAACUCGGCACGAAUCCAAGAUCUCGAGGAUGCGCUGAGAAAGGAAAAAGAAGCGCGAGAGGCGGCAGAGGACAAGGCGGCACGGUUGGAGAAGAACGCGACACGGCUGGCACAAGACGCAGGAAAACCUCGUGAGCUCGCAUCUCCAAGUGAUGAGCGUGAUGAAAGUAGACAGGAAGUAGAAAGCUCACAGAUCAAAGAACAAGACAAGAAGGACCGAGACGAUGCCGCCGACUCCGCCGCCCAGGCCGCCGCCGAACUGCAGCAACGCAUGGAGCAGAUCCUGCGCGAGCUCGCAAACGUCAAGAGCGACAUGCUUUCGUAUCGGAUGCGCGCCGAGGUCGCCGAGCUGCGAGCGGACGCGGCAGAGAAGGAGCGGGAUUCAGACAAGAAAACGCUCUUUGAGACGAUCCGCGCCAUCAGGAAGGAGGAGGACGAGCGGCUACAGCGGGCACGGGAGUCGGGAAGCCAGACGGACGACGCGGACACUACCGAUUCGUCGACCCAGGUCGUCAUCGACGGGAGACGAAGAGCUAGCGCCCCACCGGGCAUCAUGCGCUCCGACUCGGCGCUGACGGUCACGCAGCUGAGCAAAGAGCACACGCUGCUGCUGCGGAAACAGAGCGGCGCUGCACCGUACGCUUCGCUGUUGGGCGUGGUGGUCAUUGGCGUGGGCCUGAUGGCUAUCAUCAACAAUUGGCAGCGGGGAGAGCGUUAG